CCAAACCACAAUGAGUACACAGCAGCAGAUACAGUUAGCAAAGUCGCUACCGCCGCGUCUUAUACGCUUCUUCGAGCGCUUCCCGCCGCCAGCUCUCCUCCAAAACACUGCGGCGCCCGCUCUGCGCUCCGCAGGAACUGCACCCACGACUUCACCCACCGAUCCGAAUGCGCCCGCGAUAGAAAGCUCGACCCCAGAACUUUCCUCCGAGGCACCACCGUCCUCCUCUAGCGAACUUCCCUACCACAACCCCUUCUUGCCCCGCAAGAACUACACCACCGGCCGGUGGUACGGUCCCGCCUAUGGCCUACGAAAACAGGCUGAGCUCGUCAAGCUAGCCCAAACGCAUGGCGUGUUGGACCUCCUCCCCUGGACGAUCAAGAAGCCCGGCGAGAAGGAGAAGAGGCGGAUAGAAAGGGGUUUGCAGGUCAAGGGGACGGGAGUCGGCGAGAAGGUGAAGGGCAAGCUGUGGGAGAGGACACUCAAGGGCCGGCUGGAGAUGAGGCGGCAGGCUAUGCUAGGAAUGCCGCAAUUGAUCCAGGAAUGGAAACAGAAAGGUCAUGGAAGAGGGUGGAAAAAGUGGCCGAGCGGGAAGGCAAAGAAGUCGUGACGGAGGGAUGUGGGGAUAUUGUGAAGCGGCUGAUGUGCUCUGGUCUCAGGUUGCUUGUGAGAUUCAGAGACUUGUGUAUAUUCUAUGCGUACGGAAAGGAAGGAAGAGCAUUUCGCCAUCUAUGUAUCGGCAUCGAGCAAAUCCGCUCUGUAUCAUACAAAGGAAUACCACUUGCAUUUCGCACCUGGGC